AUGAAUCACAGAAUCCUUCUACUAACAGCCUUGGCCUUAUGUCAUGGGUUCAACCUGGACACGGAAAAAGCAGUCAUCUUCCAAAACAACGCAAGGGGCUUCGGGCAGACCGUGGUCCAGAUUCAGGGAUCCCGGCUGGUGGUUGGAGCCCCCCAGGAGGUAAAGGCUGCUAAUCAAACAGGCGGCCUCUACCAGUGUGACUACAGCACGGGCAGGUGUGAGGCCAUCCCCCUGCAGGUUCCCCCAGAGGCUGUGAACAUGUCCCUGGGCUUGUCUAUUGCAUUUGCUGCCAACCCUUUCCGGCUGCUGGCCUGUGGCCCCACAGUGCACCAAAUUUGCAAGGAGAACACUUAUGCAAAUGGACUCUGCUUCCUGUUUGGAUCCAAUCUACUCCAGCAACCCAGGAGGAUCCCAGCGGCCCUCAGAGAGUGCCCUCAGCAAGACAGUGACAUUGCCUUUCUGAUUGAUGGCUCUGGUAGCAUUGACCCAGUAGACUUUGAGCGGAUGAAGAAGUUUGUCUCAACUGUGAUGAGUCGAUUCCAAAAGUCCAAAACCUUGUUCGCUCUGAUGCAGUACUCGGAUGACUUCCAGACUCACUUCACCUUCAAUGAUUUCAAGAGAAACUCAGACCCGGAAUUACUGGUGAGGCCAAUAAGACAGCUGUUCGGGAGGACGCACACAGCCACGGGGAUCCGCAAAGUAGUAAGAGAACUGUUUCACAGCAGCAAUGGAGCCCGGAAUCAUGUCCUGAAGAUCAUGAUUGUCAUCACAGAUGGGGAAAAAUAUCUCGAUCCUUUGGAGUAUAGGGAUGUCAUCCCUGAAGCUGAUAGAAAAGGGAUCAUUCGCUAUGUCAUUGGGGUGGGAGAUGCUUUUAACAGUAAGAAAUCUCGAAAGGAGCUCGAUACUAUUGCAUCUAAGCCACCUGCUGAUCACGUGUUCCAGGUGAAUAACUUCGAAGCUCUGAAGACCAUUCAGAACCAGCUUCAGGAAAAGAUCUUUGCGAUUGAGGGUACGCAGACAGGAAGUACCAGUUCCUUUGAACAUGAGAUGUCUCAGGAAGGUUUCAGUGCUGCCUUCACCUCCGCUGGUCCUUUGCUGGGUGCUGUGGGGAGCUUUGACUGGGCUGGUGGAGCCUUUCUGCAUACAUCAAAGGAUAAAAUCACCUUCAUCAAUACAAGCAGGAUAGAUUCAGACAUGAAUGAUGCUUACUUGGGUUAUGCUGCCGAAGUCACCUCGCGGAACUGGGUGCAAAACUUGUUUCUGGGAGCACCUCGAUAUCAGCACAUUGGCCUGGUGGUGAUAUUCAGACAGAAUGCAGGUGUUUGGGAGAAAAACGCUGAGAUCAAGGGAAGCCAGAUUGGCUCCUACUUUGGGGCCUCCCUCUGCUCCAUGGAUGUCAACAGAGAUGGCAGCCCCGACCUGGUCCUCAUCGGGGCCCCCCAUUUUUACGAGCAGAUGCGAGGGGGCCAGGUGUCCGUGUGCCCCUUUCCCCGGGGGAGAGCUAAGUGGAAGUGUGAUGCUGUCCUGCAAGGGGAGCCGGGCCACCCCUGGGGCCGCUUUGGGGCAGCCCUGACAGCGUUGGGGGAUGUGAAUGGGGACAGGCUGGCGGAUGUGGCCAUUGGGGCCCCGGGAGAGCAGGAGAACCGGGGUGCUGUCUACCUGUUCCAUGGAACCUCAGAACUGGGCAUCAGCCCCUCCCACAGCCAGCGGAUCACAGGCUCACAGAUCUCCCCCAGGCUUCAGUAUUUUGGGCAGUCACUGAGCGGGGGCCAGGACCUCACAAUGGAUGGACUGGUAGACUUGGCUGUCGGGGCUCAGGGGCAUGUGCUGCUGCUCAGGUCACAGCCUGUGCUGAAAGUUGAGGCGACGAUGGAGUUCACACCCAAGGAAGUGAAGAGGAAUGUGUAUGAAUGUCGUGACCCAGUGGUAAAAGGCCAGAUUGCUGGGAAGGUCAAAGUCUGCCUCCAAGUUCGCAAGAGCACAUGGGACCGGCUGGGAGAAGGAGAUACCCAGAGCACUAUCACCUAUGACCUGGCUCUGGACCCAGGUCGCCCCCAUUCCCUGGCCAUCUUUGAUGACACACAGAACAACACACGCAGACAUGUAGAGACGCUGAGGCUGAGUCAGAAAUGCGAGACCCUGACGCUCCGGUUACUGGAUUGUGUGGAGGACUCAGUGACCCCCAUUUCUCUGCGCCUCAACUUCUCUCUGGUGGGGGAGCCCGCGCACAAUUAUGGGGGCCUCAGGCCAGUGCUGGGUGUGGAUGCUCUGAGACUCUUCACAGCCUCGCUUCCCUUUGAGAAGAACUGUGGCAAUGACACCAUCUGCCAGGAUGACCUCAGCAUUACAUUCAAUUUUAUGGGCCUGGACACCCUGGUGGUGGGUGGUCCCCGGGACUUGAACGUGACGGUGACUGUAAGAAACGAGGGCGAGGACUCCUACAGAACUCAGGUCACCUUCUUCUACCCAUCUGGCUUGUCCUUCCGGAGGGUGUCAAGCAGCCAGAACCAGCGCUCACAUCGAUUCUGGCGCCUGGCCUGUGAGUCUGAUGUCUCCACCGAAGGGUUUGGAAUCUUGAGGAGAUUAAGCUGCGGCAUAAACCACCCCAUUUUCCCAGACAACUCGGAGAUCACCUUUAACGUCACAUUUGAUGUGAACCCUGAUACUUACUUUGGAAACAAGCUACUUCUCAAGACCAGUGUUACCAGUGAAAACAACAUGCCAGGGAACAACAAAACUCACUUUCAGCUGGAGCUGCCUGUGAAAUACGCUGUGUACAUGGUGGUCACCAGCCUUGAGGCCUCCACCAAAUAUCUCAACUUCACAGCCUCAGAGAAGACCAGACACGUUAUGAAGCAUCAGUAUCAGUUCAACAACCUGGGCCGGAAGAAACUGCCCAUCAGUGUGGUCUUCUGGAUCCCCAUCCGGCUGAACAAGGUGACCGUGUGGUCCCAGCCCCAAGUCACCUUCUCCCAGAACAUGUCCAGUGGAUGUCACACCACGGAGGUUGCCCCUCGUCACUCUGACUUCCUGGCGGAGCUUAAGAAGAGCCCGGUGCUGAACUGCUCCGUUGCCGUCUGCCAGAGAAUCCAGUGUGCCAUCCCCUCCUUUGGCGUCCAGGAGGAGUUCAAGGUCACCCUCCAGAGCAACCUCUCAUUUGACUGGUACAUCAAGACUUCACACAACCACCUUCAAGUUGUGAGCAAAGCGGAGAUCUUAUUUGAUGAGUCAGAGUUCACCCUGCUUCCAGGGCAGGACGCAUUUGUGAUGGCCCAGACAGAGACCAAGGUGGAGUCCUACGAAAUACAUAACCCUGUCCCGCUGAUCGUGGGCAGCUCGGGAGGGGGACUUGUGCUCCUGGCCCUCAUCUCUGCCGGUCUGUACAAGCUCGGCUUCUUCAAACGACAGUACAAGGACAUGAUGACUGAAGCUGGUCCCGAUGUGGCCACCCCCCAGUAGCAGCUCCUUCCCCA